AUUGCCCUAUUUAUGACCCAGCCUGACCCCCCGAAGCCGGGCCCCCCGACCGUUUUGCCAGCCCUAAGCCGAAGUGGCACUUCACUCGCAUCUCCCUGCCCAUCUGAUCGUCACUCCAAUGUUUGGUAACCCUGCAAAUCUCCAACAAAAUCACAGAGCCCAGUCUGCAAAAUUUUCCUGAGAGAAGCUCGCUCCCUAAGCCAACUUCCAUGGAAACCCCCGUCCUAAACUCCUCGGAGCCGUACAGGAAUUGGCUGGAACUCCCUCGCGACGUGACGGCGACAAUUCUCCUCAAGCUGGGCGCAAUCGAAAUCCUAUUGAAUGCGCAGAACGUAUGCUCUUUCUGGCGCAAUAUAUGCAAGGAUACUUCAAUGUGGCGAUCCAUUGAUAUGCACAACCUCGGCGAUCUUUGGGGCGUGGAGUACGAUCCCGAGAAGAUGGCCAGGCACGCCGUCGAUCGCAGCUGCGGCGAAUUAGUGGACAUCAAUAUCGAGUACUUUGGAUCUGACAAUCUUCUGGAGUAUAUUGCAGAUCGAUCAAGUCAUCUCAGAUGUCUUAGACUCGUGAGUUGCCAUGGCAUUUCAGAUGAUGGGCUGAGUGAAGGAGCUAAAAAGCUUUCAUUUCUGGGAGAACUUGAGCUUUCUUAUUGCUCAUUCUCAAUAGAAGCUCUGGAAGCUGUUGGUCGCUGUUGUCCUCUCCUAAAAUCGUUCAAACUGAACAGUCAUGGUUUCAAACGCCCACACAUAGAGUGUGACGAGGAGGCUAUGGCUAUUGCAGAAAACAUGCAUGAGUUACGCCAUCUCCAGCUCUUUGGGAAUAAGCUAACAAAUGAAGGCUUGCAGGCCAUUCUUGAUGGUUGUCCAUACCUUGAAUCUCUUGACCUGCGCCAGUGUUUCAACGUUAAUCUCGGGGUUAAUUUGAGGAAAACAUGUGCGGAGAGGAUUAAAGAAUUGCGGUGCCCCUAUGACUCCACAGAUGACUAUGAGUUUGAUGCUGCGAUUCCUGAUGAUGGUUCUUUUGGGUCUUAUGGAUCUUUUGAUGAGCUCUACCCAUCUGAAUUUUCUGAUCUUGAUAUCCUGUCUGAUGAUGAGUACUAUGAAUUCUCUGGUGGCAGUGAUUUCUCCGACUAUGGGGGCAGUUUUUUCAAGUUGGAAUAAUAGUUUGUUGAUUUAAGUUCAAAAUUUUCCAGGUGAGGAAACCAGAAGCCUGCAAACUUCUGCUCUACUAAUUUGUAAGAUUUCCAGUGAAGCUAAAACUGAAAACUUAAAAAUUGCACUUCUCUGAAAUAUAGCCCAGAUUUUCUUCGAUAAGAUUGUGGUGCUUGAUUUUGUACAGCUGAUGGUGUUGUUGGGGCCUUCUUGAUGGAGAUCCGUAGCAGUCUGGAAUGGCAUCAUAGUGGGGCUAUCAUUUGCUUCUCUGUGAAUGGCAUAUGCAAUUUCCUGCAAUAAAUAUAUAUAUGCUUUGUUUUA